AUGAAGCCUCAUUUAUGGCCCUUCCUUAUUGAGCGAAUUCCCUUCCUCCAAUCCGAUCUCGCCGACCUACGCUUCCGCCCCGCCGUACACCCAUCACUCCUCCCCCGAAUUCCCGUCCUUCUCCUCGUCCUACCCUUCUUUCUCCCAGAAUCCCGACCCAAUACCCAAUCUCCCCCCUUCCGCCCCCUCAUACACCCAGCCCCCAUCCCAAUUGCCGCCCCAAAAUCCCCAAUUCCCCCCUACCAGCCCUACAAUCCGUCGCCCUACCCGCCGGAGCAGUCGUCGUCGGCGCCGUUCCCUCACCUCCAGCAGCCCCCUUCGGUUCCCUAUUAUCCCUACGAUUGCCAUCAGCCGGCCGGAAGUUACGCCCCUCCGACGAAACCUAGUCCCAAUCCUGGCCCUUCCCUCAAUAAAACUUCGUCCUUUUCCGCUCCGUAUCCACCCUAUGAUAACCCUUACGAGAGCUCUGCUGCUAGAUUUGAUCAUGGCGGUGGGUAUUUUAGUGAGAAUACUGGAAGGUAUGGUGCGGGCGUGACUGCUGGCUUUGGUCAAAGCGGUUCGGGUUUCGAUCAUGAUUUGUAUGAGAGGAAGCCAGAGAGUGGGCUGCGAUAUGACCGGGGUGGCCCGCAGGAUGAUUUGCUUGGCGAGGGUGUAUACGCCUAUGAUGGAGGCAGAGUGGAGCCAUAUGGUGCACGGGGAACGGCGCCUUCCAGGUCUUCCACAGCGUUAUUUGAUGAUUAUGGAAGGUCCAUUAGCUUCCCUUCGGGUGGGAAGGACCAGGGAGGGAGUGCAGGGAAGAUUGUGAGGGCUGUUCCGAAGGUGGACACGCAGCAGGACGUGAAGAAUGGGGUGCAGAAGUUCCGGGUCAAGCUGUUGGCGGAAGGGGGUGGACAGAGCACCAUGGAUGUCCUCUGCCAGAUUGGUUUGGAUGGAAUUCGUAUGCUUGAUCCAAGCUCUUCCAGAACAUUGAGGAUAUACCCCCUUGAGACCGUGACAAGAUGGGACGUAACAGAUUCAUCCAUCUUUACCUUCUGGUCUAAGAGCUCUGUUGAUAUUGAGCCAAGGCGCAUAAGGCUGCAGUCUAACAGCUAUACUACCAAUACCAUACUUGACACAGUAACAGCUGCAACAGUGCAGCUCAAGGAGAUGGGUGGCAAAGAUAUCCUUAGUAGAGGCAAAGGAACUGCUGAUGGUGCAAAGUUGUCUGAACAACCAACUGAAAAGAAGAAAGGUUUUGCUGAUUGGUUGAACUUGGCGAAACCUGACAAUGAGGAGAAAGACCAUUGGGUUCCAGAUGAAGCAGUCAGUAAAUGUACAUCUUGUGGAACAGAUUUUGGAGCUUUUGUUCGCAGGCAUCAUUGCAGGAACUGUGGUGAUAUUUUCUGUGACAAGUGCACACAGGGUAGAAUUGCUCUUACUGCAGAUGAAAAUGCUCAGCCAGUCAGAGUGUGUGAUAGAUGCAUGGCAGAAGUUUCUCAAAGGUUGAGCUAUGCAAAGGAAGCUGCCAGUAAACCUGCUGGACUGCACAGUCAUGAGGAUCUUGCCAGAAGACUUCAGGAGGAAAUGGAAAAAAAUCGCAAGUCACCUUCAGGUUCGAAGUCCUCUGAUGGUUCUGGGAGGCGGAUGAGGGAAGUUGCAUGUCCCACCUGCACGGUCCAUCUCCAGGUGCAAGUUCCAGCCUCGGGUUCUGAAACAAUAGAAUGUGGUGUCUGCCAAAAUCCCUUCCUCGUUAGCGCUCGUUGAUCUUCUGAUUUCAUGAAAUCAUGAUAAUGCACAGUGAGAUUCAUGAAAUUUUCUGUUUCCCAAGUAAUAAGCUUGGCUACUGGCUUUGUAAAUUCUCUCAUAUUGUCAUUAUUGUAAACAUCAGACUUGUGGUUCUUUGUAUAUGAAUCCUCAGGCAUAUUUGGGAACAUCGUGUGUAAACAGGUUUUUCUGUGUGGUAGGAUGAUGAUGAUUAGAAACUACUGUAAAUUGUGGAUGGUCUUAUGUACUUAUUUAUGCUUGCCUUAUCUGGCAUUAGGAAUUUACUUGAUGAACUAUUUUGAGCUGCUUUGUUA